CUUACCGUGCAAUACAAUAUAAGCUACAUACAUGCAUGACAACGCCUCGUGGGGUUGACGGCUCGUCUCUUGUCACUAUUUGUCCUGGCCCUUUAAAUCUGAAGCUCAUUUAUGCGCUCGGGGGCGGAGUUUGUGUACGAGUGUCCAAUAAGAGAGCGGAAUGCUGAGGCUGGCGUGGAUGCUGGACGUGGGACGCUGAUGCUGAUGCUGGGGGACCCGCACAGUGAUGGAGCGGCGACGACGCUGAAAAGGAUGCUGUAAACACCCUUGUCGAUCUGUGAAGGGGCUUUUCUUACAGACUCUCAGUGUUACAGAACCUCGGGAGAUGUAUGGCAGUGCGCGUGCCGUUGGCCACAUCGAGGGCAGCCCUGCUCGCUCCCCUCGGCUGCCUCGCUCUCCUCGGUUGGGCCACCGUCGAGCCAACAGUGGCAGUUCAGGCUGCAAGACCUUAUCCAUGGAGAACAUCCAGUCCCUCAACGCUGCCUACGCAACAUCUGGCCCAAUGUACUUGAGCGACCAUGAAGGCGUCGGAUCCACGGCUACUUACCCUAAAGGCACCCUGACGUUCGGUCGGGCCACGAGUCGAGCGAUGUACGGCGGUCGGGUUACGGCCAUGGGCAGCACCCCUAAUAUCGCAACGGCGGGACUCCCACACACCGACCUGCUGUCUUAUGGAGAUCUGGGCUCACUGUCUAUGCUCCACCACCAGGGGACGCCGUCGGCCCUGCUGCGACAGGCGGUUAGGGGCAGUGGAGGUGAACUUUUGGAGCUCCAAGCACAGCUGCGGGACAUGCAUAGGGAAAAUGAGCUACUACGGAGGGAGCUGGACCUGAAGGACAGCAAGCUGGGCUCUUCCACCAAUAGCAUCAAGAGCUUCUGGAGCCCCGAGCUGAAGAAAGAACGCGUGAUGAGGAAAGAGGAGGCAGCUCGCACAUCAAUCCUUAAAGAACAGAUGCGAGUGACCCACGAGGAAAAUCAGCACCUGUUGGACGCCAGGAGAACAAAGCACCUCCAGUUGACCAUCCAGGCCCUGCAGGAUGAGUUGAGGACUCAACGUGAUCUCAACCAUCUUCUCCAGCAGGAGAGCGGGUCGCGGGCCAGUGGUGGCGAGCACUUCACCACCAUCGAGCUAACCGAGGAGAACUUCCGUCGACUCCAAGCUGAACACGACCGUCAGGCCAAAGAGCUCUUUCUCUUGAGGAAGACACUGGAAGAGAUGGAGCUGAGGAUUGAGACGCAGAAGCAGACGCUAGGAGCUAGAGACGAGUCCAUAAAAAAGCUGUUGGAGAUGCUGCAGAGUAAAGGACUUCCAUCAGCCUCAGGAAGAGCGUCAGAUGAAGAAGAGCAAGAGCGAGCCAGGCGUAUCGCAGAGGCUGAAGCACAGCUGGGACACCUAGAGGUGAUAUUAGACCAGAAGGAGAAGGAAAACCUCCAUCUGAGAGAGGAGCUUCAUCGGAGAAACCAGCUUCACCCAGACCCUGGAAAAACGAAAGCUCUUCAGACUAUUAUAGAGAUGAAGGACACCAAAAUCGCAUCCCUGGAACGCAACAUUCGAGACCUGGAGGAUGAGAUACAGAUGUUAAAGGCGAAUGGAUUGCUGAACACGGAGGAUCGGGAGGAGGAGAUCAAACAGAUGGAGGUCUACAAAAAUCACUCCAAGUUCAUGAAGACCAAGAUUGACCAGCUCAAGCAGGAGCUCUCAAAAAAAGAGUCUGAGCUUUUAGCUCUACAAACAAAACUGGAAACUCUGAAUAAUCAGAAUUCAGACUGCAAACAGCAUAUUGAAGUGCUCAAAGAGUCCCUCACUGCCAAAGAGCAACGCGCUGCCAUCCUACAAACAGAGGUGGACGCUCUUAGAUUGCGUCUGGAGGAGAAGGAGUCUUUCCUUAAUAAGAAGACGAAGCAACUGCAAGACUUGACAGAGGAGAAGGGAACACUGGCCGGGGAGAUCAGAGACAUGAAAGACAUGCUGGAAGUCAAGGAACGCAAGAUAAACGUCCUGCAGAAGAAGAUUGAGAACCUUCAGGAGCAGCUGAGGGAUAAAGAUAAACAGCUCGGGAAUCUAAAGGAUAGAGUGAAGUCUCUCCAGACGGACUCCAGCAACACUGAUACUGCCCUCGCCACGCUAGAGGAAGCCCUGUCUGAGAAGGAGCGAAUAAUCGAGCGCCUGAAAGAGCAAAGGGAGAGGGAAGACCGUGAGAGACUGGAGGAGGUGGACUCUUAUAAAAAAGAGAAUAAAGACCUAAAAGAGAAGGUGAACUCUUUACAAGUGGAGCUAACAGAGAAAGAGUCUAGUCUCAUAGAUUUAAAAGAGCACGCCUCCUCACUGGCCUCGUCAGGUCUCAAGAAAGACUCCAAGCUCAAGUCCCUUGAGAUCGCAAUCGAGCAAAAGAAAGAGGAAUGCAGUAAAUUGGAGACACAGCUGCAGAAGCAAGCAGAGCAGCUGUUCAGUCAAAUGAACAAUCCCAAGGCUCAUGAUAUGGAGGUGCAGCAAAGCUCACGUGGGAACCCUGAGUAUGUGGACCGGGUCAAACUUCUAGAAAAGGAGGUGUCCUUCUACAAAGACGAGUCCAGCAAAUCCCAGGCCGAGGUCGAGAGGUUACUGGAGAUUCUGAGAGAGGUGGAGACAGAGAAAAAUGACAAGGAUAAGAAGAUCGCAGAACUGGAAAGUCUUGCUCCUAGGCAAACCAAGGAUCAAAAUAAAAAGGGCCCAGGCAUCAAGAUGGGUCCUCAGAUGGACAAGAAAGGCCCUGGGAAUAUCUUGCAAGACCAACGGAAGGACAAUCCAAUGGACAACCCAAAGAUGGAGGAGUUGACGAAUGUUUUGGAGAAGACGAGGCAGGAGUUGGAAGCCACUAAGCAGCGUCUGUCCUCCACCCAACAGUCUCUGUCUGAGAGAGACGGCCAUCUGACCAACCUCCGACAGGAGCGCAGGAAACAGCUCGAGGAGAUCUUGGAGAUGAAACAACAGGCUCUGCUCGCUGCUAUCAGUGAGAAGGAUGCUAACAUCGCUUUGCUGGAACUGUCCUCCUCCAAUAAGAAGAAGACACAAGAGGAAGUGCUGGCCCUGAAAAGAGAGAAGGACAGACUAAUGCAUCAACUCAAACAACAGACACAGAGCAGGAUGAAACUUAUCACUGACAACUACGAGGAUGACCAUUACCACCCUCAUGCUCCACCUCCCCACAUGCAACCUCAACCAAUUCAUCCUCAACCCCAACCCCAACCGCCUUACCCACAUCCCCAACACCCCCACCAGCCUCCUUACCCACACGCGCCCCAUCCCCAACACCCACAGCCUCCACCCCACCACCCUCAACACCCGCAGCAGCCGCCCCAGCCUCAAUAUCCCCACCCACAACACCCUCAACACCCACAACACCCUCAACACCCUCAACACCCCCAACACCCGCAACCGCCCGGCCCACACCAGCACCCACCUAGACCCCAGCCACCCCAUCCUCAACACCCUCAUCCUGGGGUCCCUCCGCAGCAGCAUCCCCACGGCCCUCCGCCUCAGCAGAGCCCCCACCCUCAGCCCAUGCCACACCAACAGCAGCACCCCCAUCACCCCCCGCACCCCGGCCCACAGGGCCCACACCCUCGGCACCCUCCACCACACCAUCGGGGUCCAGGCCGUGGACCCCCGCAUCCCGGACACCGACCCGCUCCAGACCAGACAAUUCAGUCACUAAAGGAGCAGCACAGCCAUGCCAUACAGAUGAAAUUCUACAUUGUUCACUUGGCCAGUCUUUACCUGCAAUCAGAUUCAUUCUUUUGGAUGGGGCCCUAUUUUUUUCCAUGCAUUAAGGAAAGAGGCGGAGCAUUAGUUUGAGUGGGAGGGUCAAAGUUGGAGAUGGCCACCUGAGCAGAUGAUUAAAAAUAAAUAAACGGAGAGGAAAUCUUGACUGAACAGAAACAUAGUUGCUUCCUGGUGCAGUCCUUUUUCUAAAGACAUUGCCUUGAAGACUCUCCAUGCUCAGGCAACACUAGAUGAGAUACUGCAGCUGCUCCUAGUUGCCUGGUUUCCAUUUGUGACCAGUGCAUGCAUCCAGCUGACCCCGCCCCUUCUUAUCACUGCCCCGCCCACUCUCAUAUAGCUCCACCUCUUCAAUGAAGCAACAAGUCAGCCUGCAUCCAUUCAAGCCUUGAUUCUGUAAUUUAUCUGCUUUUUAUAUUUAAUACAAUGUAAUAUAAUACCAUCAUAAUAAUUUCAUUUAGAACCUUUUUUUACGAUCACGUCUGCGUUAGCAAUUUUAAUCUUAAAGGCCAACUGUUGCCUGCCUUCAAUUCUUUGUUUUAUUAUAUGUGCUACUCUAUACAUUCAUGUACUUAGGUUUGAGUAUGCACUAUGAUAUUCAUGGGACACAUUUAAGUCUCCAUUUUUGGUUUUUAGUGUAUAUUGGACCUUAGAGAGUUACCUCAGAGGUAGUCUACUGUAUUAAGAGUUCAUUUCAUCUCACUGAUUAUAACGCACAUAACAUAUAUCACGCUAACCAGAAUUUGCCCUUUCUUUUUGCUUGUGCUCUACUCCAAACACCAAGCCUGGUCUGCAUGUAAGCUCUCAUGCACCUAUGCACCUCCACCUAUGCACCUCCUUUACAACAGGGAACAUUUCUAAUGGUGCUUCAACUGGUGCUCAGGCCCAAAAGAGAUGGAGACAGCCAUGGCUAAACUAUUUCGGACAUCAGUUGAUCUAUAACACUCCAUGAAUCCAUGGUGGCAAGUUUUUCAGAAGACAAUUGAGAAGUUUUCCUAAGCUACAGCUGCAGGUCGUAGCAUUGAUGAAUUUGUCAAGAUGUCUGUUGACAAGGCCAGUCCAACCUGCGUGUCCCUUAAAGGGAAUUUCCUUCUCCUUUAAUGAACCAUCCCACCAGGUACUGGCGGAGCUACCGCCAAAUUCUCGUAAUGUCUCAACAUGGUGGUGAGUGCCUAUUUAUAAAUAGAUAGUCGAUAUAUAGAUAGAGAAAUACUAGCUAAAAAAAAUGGGUCUACUGUGGUCAGACUAUUGUGUCAGAAAUCAAAGGAAACGUUCCUUUUUUUUUCUCGUUGUGUUUGAGUCGUGUGUGUGUUAUCAUUGUCUGUUUGGCCCUCACAGUGCUCCAAUUACAAGAUCUUGGCACUAGGGUCUAUGCAAAAAAAGAACUCAAAAGGUCUUUUGCAGGAUAUGCGGACUCAAGAAACUAGAUCUUCAGCUAGAAAAAGUGUUGUAUAGAAUAUGUUGCACCUCACAAAAAAAAAAAAAAACUUCAAUGAGAUCUGAAAAAAAAAAAAAAAAAAAAAAACGAUUAUUUUGGUGACCUGAGGUGGAUUUCAUCACUGUCAUUGUAAACACACCUUGAAAGAAUAGUUCACCCAAAAAUGAAAAUUCUGUGAUUAAUUACUCAUGAACGACCCUCAUGUCAUUCCAAACCCAUAAGAUUUUCUUUCAUAUUCAGAACACAAAUUAAGACAUUUAUGAUAAAAUCCGGGAGCUUUCUGACCUUCCAUAGACAGCAACACAACUGACAUGUUCAAGGCCCAGAAAGGUAGCAAGGACAUUGUUAAUAUAGUCCAUGUAAUCAGGGGUUCCACCUUAAUGUUAUGAAGCUACGAGAAUAGAUUUUGUAUGCAAAAAAAAAACAAAAUUAAUCACUUUAUUAUGUUUAUUAACAUUAUUUUUUCUCUUCUGUGUCAGUCUUCAAUGUGUAAUACCACAACGCAUGCAUGUGCUGCUGCUUCUAACACAGGGCUGGCGUUCUGACAUUGAACUGUAUGUAUGACUUCCAUUGUAUGGUCAAAAAUAUAAUGGAAGUCUGAACAAAGGGGAACUGGAGCGCUGCUGGUAUCCCUUGUAUCCUCUGGUGCCCAUGGAAGGGUAAACUGUUCAUUUAUUGCCUUUAUUGUUUAAAUGGGCUAAAGCAUAAAACAGGCCCACUGGCCUUCAUCAGGGAGUUGGUACCAAACAAACAGAAUCACUCCACACAAUAUACUCCAAAGGUAAAUGAACCAGAUACACAUCAUAAUUCUUAAUUAAGAAUACAAUAGACCCAUUUUGCUAUUUUUGUACACUAUUCAUGUUGUUUUAGAACCACCUUAAUUAAGAAUUAUGAUGUUUAUCUGGUUUAUUUACCUUUGGAGUAUAUUGUGUGGAGUACACUAUUUUCAGUAGUGUCAUUCCUGUUCUUCCACUUGGAGAUGUCUCAUUUUUGGUUUGUUACCAACACCCUGAUGAAGGCCAGUGGGCCUUUUUUUGGUGUUUUAUGCUUUAGCCCUUUUAAACAAUAAAGGCUUUUUAAUUUUUGCAUCUUACUGAGUGCCUGGACCUGGAUUUUUUUUUCAAAUUCUUUUUCAUAUAAUGGAAGUCAAUGGAAAUGGCUGUUCACUUACCAACAGUCUUCAACAUAUCUUCUUCUGUGCUCAGCAAAAGAAAGUAACUCAUACAAGUUUAGGACGACAUGAGGGGGAGUAAAUGACAAUUUCCAUUUAAGGGUGGACUAUGCCUUAUAGAAGCAUAAACAUAGUUUAAAGUGGAAGAACGUAUUGAGGUGGCUGGGAUAUGUUAACAGUUGUUUUGCAUUGUCUUGUGUCAUUUCACUGCUGUUGUCUGUGGUUGUGGAGUUCACAUUAGGACUUUGGCAAAGCCUAAAAUAUAGCCAAGAUCUGACUGUUAAAUGACCUGUCUGUGCUUCCAUGUUUCAUUUCACCUUGUUAUUCAGCCACCGUCACAUUAUUUCAAGAAUCGCAUUUGUUUCUGUUCUGUGUUCACAUAAUGUCAGAAUUACCGCAUUUAAAAGAUUCUGUUCUGAUAAGUUUGUAUCUUUGGGCUCAGAAAUUUUUCAUUUUUAUGCCAAUCCUCAAAUCUUGAGGGUCAAAGAAAGUGCAGAUCAAUCUAUACCUAAUCUAUAAUGAAAUGGCGUGAAACUAGUUUAAAGUAGGCUAACUGGAUGUAGUUCUGCGUAUUUCUAUGACUUUUUUGCUCUUACAGUUAAGUGAAUGUAACUCACUGUAUACAACUGUCGUAAUGUUGUAAAGCAAUCUCACCAAUCUAACAAACUCCCAGAUGUUUGAGGGGACACAGAAGCCAUUCGCCUUAUUAGAAGUCAGAAGAAUGAUGAUUUAGAAAGUCAGGGUGAAAGGUAAUACACAUACAGUGGCUUUAAUGUUAAGAUCUAAGUCAUUAUGAACAUGUCACAAUGAGUGCGUCAGAAACUUCACGGUAAUUCUGUCAUGACGUGAGCGCAUCAUUGUCGCUGUGCUCUAGAAUAUUCCUACGUUUCUUUAACUAUUGUGACUGGUGAACACUGAUCCAGAAUAUGUCCACCAUGUGAAUACUGGAUGUUUCUGACUCAGUUUCAAACACUGGAAGCGUGUUUGAUCUGCUGUUCUAAUGUUUGUCUGUCUACCUGUCUGUCGUCUGUGCAAGUCUAUAAUUGUACUAUAAGGACAAAAAAGACGUCAGAUAUACUGCAGUCCUCCACCUUCAGGACCUUGAAUACUUGAAGUAGGGGGAGAUCUCCUGCCUUGGGAAGAGAUAUAUUAUAUACAGUAGAACAAAGGGUAUGAAAGAGAAAUAUUGACUUGUGUGGUGACGAUGCAUGAUUAUGUACAUUAUGUGCCAACUCUGGGCUGUGGUGAAGUCUAACAUUAGACUAAAGGUCUAAUGGAUCUCUACGCAGAAGUUAUGAAUAAUGAAAAAUAUAAAGAAGAUUUAGCCCUGUAGGGUUUAUAAAACUAUGACAUAUGUCAAAAGGCCUCUGGCUUGAGCAAAGGCCCAAAACAAAGAGAACAAAAGUGAAGAUUUCUCUCUAUAUUUAUAUUUGUUGUGUGCCAGUUGCAUUGUUUCUUUUAUUUCACGAUGUCAAAAAAAAUGCAAACCUCUGGAUGAUACAAACCACUGUGACAAAUGGCAGAAAAGAAAUAGUAUAAUCCUUCUUAAAAAAAAAAAAAAAACAUUGUUUUUACUUUUUUAAGAUAUUUAUGUUAUGUUUUUUUAUGGUUCAUGCUUUUUCGAUUAUGUCAGUUUGCGACUGUAAGAUUUGUACAUGAAAUUAGUUUACUGUUCUUUUUCUGUACAGCAGUGCAAACAAGUCCAAUGUGAGUGUCAGCAUGCUGAAUGAUACCGUGUGAAUGUGGGGUUCAUUUUCCCAUGGUGCACCAGUCGUCACGGAUGAGACGCAUUGGCAUCAUGAUGGUGUAAUGUGUUUGAGAAUGGUGUGUCCUCACCCACAUCUUCCCACCCACUGCCAGUGGAUUGCCCGUGCAACUAAUUAAAAGUGUUUGCAUGUUUUCGGGGUGCAGAUCUGAGAAGCUAAAAGAGUGUGGCAUAUGCUUGCAUGAUUGUGUCUGUGUAUGCAAAUAGGAUUGUUUCAGGGUGUGAGUGCUGCGCGUGUGUUGGAGAAAGUUGGCGAUGCGAGAGCCUAGCAGACGCGAGUGGGGCGUUCAAUGUGAAAUCUGUGUCAUGUUCGAUGUUUUUAAAGUCCUUAACCUCCCAUGAUAUUUGCUAUUGUAUGUGUUGUACCCCCCCAGCCCCCCACCACCAACUAUUCUUGAGUGUCAGUCGGCUUGUUUAUAUCCAUUAAAUAAAAGUGACUUUCUUUUUGA